GCUCCCCUUGUUGUCCCAGACCGCCGAUGUCCGGUUACUGACACCCCGCCGUCCCUCAAUGGUCUUUGUCAGUACUUGUUUUUCUCCUAAUUUUUUACAACCCCACACCCCCAAACAAAAUGCAGACAGCCCUCCGGCCGGUGUAACUGUCUCCGGGCCUCUUGUCAUUGGGAUCAUUUCCACGGAAGGCUCCGGAAAGCUGAUAACAUUGAAGUUGGCUGCAAAGAAGACUUUCAUUUCACGGAAUUCUCCAGUAACGCAAGGCCUAAUCGGGGGAGAGUUGAAGUAGUGGUGGCAGGGCUCCGGAACUGUCCGCUAGUGAAAAUGCAUUGAGCGAGCCCAUGUGUAGCCUAUUGUUGCUAUUGUGAUGCUGCUGUUGGAGAGAGGAGGGCGCCUUUGAACAAUAGAGGACAAAUAUAGAGGCUCUUGGUCGAGCACAGCCUUCCCCAAAACACCACUGCUUAACAGCACCGAAUAUGGAGCCUAGCCUGCAGUAGAAGUGGAUGUAAUUUGUUGUAUUUCUGCACCGAGCCAACGAUGAAUUCCGCAGAAGGGGCAGACGAAUGCGUCAACGAUGGUGACAUUGCAGCAUUUUUCAAGACAGGACCUUUCAGAAAUGAUGGAUUAAAAGUAUCUGAUGUGAUGCCUAUAAUGAAGGAAAAAGUAGCCUUUGUUUCAGGAGGACGUGAUAAAAGAGGUGGUCCAAUCUUAACGUUCCCAGCUCGGAGUAAUCAUGAUAGAAUAAAACAAGAGGAUCUCCGGCAACUUGUCACAUACUUAGCAAGUGUGCCCAGUGAAGAUGUGAGUAAAAGAGGAUUUACUGUUAUCAUCGAUAUGAGAGGUUCCAAGUGGGAUUUGAUCAAGCCUCUACUUAAAACUCUCCAGGAAUCUUUCCCUGCUGAUAUCCAUGUUGCACUGAUUAUCAAACCAGAUAACUUCUGGCAGAAGCAAAAAACCAACUUUGGGAGUUCAAAAUUUAUAUUUGAGACAAGUAUGGUAUCUGUAGAAGGACUUUCUAAGUUGGUGGAUCCUUCCCAAUUGACUGAAGAAUUUGAUGGUACACUGGAGUAUAAUCACGAUGAAUGGAUUGACCUUCGACUGGCCUUGGAAGAAUUCAUAAGCAGUGCUGUGCAUUUGUUGUCCAGACUAGAAGACCUGCAGGAGAUGUUGGCAAGGAAAGAGUUUCCCCUGGAUGUUGAAGGUUCUAGAAAAUUAAUUGAUGAACAUACACAAUUGAAGAAAAAGGUUAUCAAAGCCCCGGUGGAGGAACUGGACCAUGAGGGACAAAGAUUGCUGCAGUGUAUAAGGUGCAGUGAUGGUUUUUCUGGAAAGAACUGCAUAUCUGGCAGUGCAGAUUUUCAAAGCGUUGUGCCAAAGAUCACCAGUCUACUGGAUAAACUACACUCAACUAGACAGCAUUUGCAUCAAAUGUGGCAUGUUCGGAAACUGAAGCUAGAUCAAUGCUUCCAACUUCGGCUGUUUGAGCAAGAUGCAGAAAAGAUGUUUGAUUGGAUUAGCCACAACAAACAAUUGUUUCUUCAAAGUCACACUGAGAUUGGAGUGAGUUAUCAGCAUGCUCUGGAUCUACAGACUCAGCACAAUCACUUUGCUAUGAACUCAAUGAAUGCAUAUGUCAACAUCAAUCGCAUCAUGUCUGUUGCAUCAAGGCUUUCAGAGGCUGGUCAUUAUGCAUCCCAGCAGAUCAAGCAGAUAUCUGCCCAACUUGAUCAAGAGUGGAAGAGUUUUGCAGCCGCUCUAGAUGAACGUAGCACAAUCUUGGCAAUGUCUGCUGUAUUUCACCAGAAGGCUGAACAGUAUUUGUCAAGUGUUGAUAUCUGGUGCAAAACCUGUGCUGAAGGAGGACUUCCAUCUGAAAUGCAAGAUUUGGAGAUUGCAAUUCACCAUCAUCAAACGCUGUAUGAACAGAUCACGCAGGCAUAUGCAGAGGUAAGUCAGGAUGGCAAAGCUCUUCUAGAUGUACUGCAGCGACCGUUAAGCCCAGGGAAUUCUGAGUCACUCACUGCAACUGCAAAUUACUCCAAAGCAGUCCAUCGAGUCUUGGACAUUGUGCAUGAAGUGUUACAUCACCAGAGAAGGCUUGAAAGUAUCUGGCAGCAUCGCAAAGUACGUCUGCAUCAACGGCUUCAGCUGUGUGUUUUUCAGCAGGAUGUUCAACAGGUUUUAGACUGGAUAGAAAAUCAUGGAGAAGCAUUUCUAAGUAAACACACUGGGGUUGGGAAGUCACUUCAUAGAGCUCGGGCUCUUCAGAAGAGGCAUGAUGAUUUUGAAGAAGUGGCUCAGAAUACUUAUACAAAUGCUGAUAAGCUGUUGGAGGCAGCAGAACAGUUAGCUCAGACUGGAGAAUGUGAUCCUGAGGAGAUCUACAAAGCUGCUCGACACCUUGAAGUACGGAUUCAAGAUUUUGUACGAAGAGUGGAGCACAGGAAACUUCUGCUCGAUAUGUCAGUGUCAUUUCACACCCACACAAAGGAGCUCUGGGCGUGGAUGGAAGAGCUUCAAAAGGAGCUGUUGGAAGAUGUUUGUGCUGACUCGGUGGAUGCAGUGCAGGAACUUAUCAAACAGUUUCAACAGCAACAAACAGCCACGCUUGAGGCAACCUUGAAUGUCAUUAAGGAAGGGGAGGACCUAAUUCAACAACUCAGGGACUCUGCAAUUUCCAACAAUAAAACCCCACACAAUAGCUCCAUCAGCCACAUUGAAAGUGUUCUCCAGCAGCUCGAUGAAGCCCAGGGACAGAUGGAAGAGCUUUUCCACGAGCGAAAAAUCAAGUUAGAUAUUUUCUUGCAGCUUCGGAUUUUUGAGCAGUACACAAUUGAGGUGACAGCAGAGUUAGAUGCCUGGAAUGAAGAUCUGCUUCAUCAAAUGAAUGAUUUUAAUACAGAAGAUCUAACUUUAGCUGAACAGCGACUGCAGCGACACACAGAGCGCAAACUGGCCAUGAACAACAUGACAUUUGAUGUCAUUCAGCAGGGCCAAGAUUUACAUCAGUAUAUCAUGGAAGUGCAAGCCUCAGGAAUUGAACUAACUUGUGAUAAAGACAUGGAUCUAGGAACACAAGUGCAGGAACUGCUGGAGUUUCUUCAUGAUAAACAACAAGAGCUCGAGUUGAAUGCUGACCAGACCCAAAAGCGCCUCGAGCAAUGUUUACAGCUUCGUCACCUACAGGCAGAGGUUAAACAGGUAUUAGGCUGGAUACGAAAUGGAGAGUCUAUGCUCAAUGCAAGCCUUGUUAAUGCCAGCUCACUAUCUGAGGCAGAACAGCUUCAGCGAGAACAUGAGCAAUUUCAGCUGGCCAUAGAGUCCCUCUUUCAUGCCACUUCUUUACAGAAAACCCACCAAAGUGCCCUUCAAGUACAGCAGAAGGCUGAGACCAUGCUACAAGCUGGCCACUAUGACUCAGAUGCCAUCAGAGAAUGUGCUGAGAAAGUAGCACUUCACUGGCAACAGCUAAUGCUGAAGAUGGAAGACAGACUCAAACUGGUUAACGCAUCUGUGGCUUUCUAUAAGACAUCUGAACAGGUGUGCAGUGUCCUUGAGAGUCUGGAACAAGAGUACAGAAGGGAUGAAGACUGGUGUAGAGGCCAAGAUAAAUUGGGGCCAAAUGCUGACACUGACCAUGUGACACCAUUAAUAAGCAAGCAUUUGGAACAAAAAGAAGCCUUUCUUAAGGCCUGCACUCUGGCGCGUAGGAAUGCUGAGGUAUUUUUGAAGUACAUUCAUAGGAACAAUGUGAGUAUGCCUGGUGUGGCUGCUCACACAAGAGGCCCUGAACAGCAAGUAAAAGCUAUUCUGAGUGAGCUGCUCCAGAGAGAGAACAGAGUUCUUCAUUUCUGGACAAUGAAAAAGAGAAGACUAGACCAAUGUCAGCAGUAUGUGGUGUUUGAAAGAAGUGCUAAACAGGCUUUGGACUGGAUCCAAGAAACAGGCGAAUAUUACCUCUCCACCCAUACCUCUGCUGGGGAAACUACUGAAGAAACUCAGGAUCUUAUGAAAGAAUAUGGUGAAUUCAGGAUUUCUGCCCAGCAAACUAAGGAAAAGGUGAAGCUCAUCAUUCAGCUGGCUGACAGUUUUGUGGAAAAGGGACAUGCACACGCCUGUGAGAUUAAGAAAUGGGUCACAGCAGUCGAUAAACGUUAUCGAGAUUUCUCACUGAGAAUGGGAAAAUACAAAUCGUUUUUGGAAAAGGGCCUUGGAAUCGCCUCUGAGGACAAUAAAGAUCUAGAACUGGACAUCAUUCCAGCGAGUCUCACUGACCCAGAGGUUAAGCUGCGAGAUGCCAACCAUGAAGCUAAUGAAGAAAAAAGAAAAUCUGCCAGAAAGAAAGAGUUUAUAAUGGCUGAACUCCUCCAGACUGAAAAGGCAUAUGUUCGGGAUUUACAUGAGUGUCUUGAGACCUAUUUCUGGGAAAUGACCUGUGGAGUGGAAGAGAUUCCCCCUGGUAUUAUUAACAAGGAACAUAUCAUAUUUGGAAAUAUCCAGGAGAUCUAUGAAUUUCAUAACAACAUCUUUCUGAAAGAACUAGAGAAGUAUGAACAGCUGCCAGAAGAUGUAGGACACUGUUUUGUCACAUGGGCAGACAAAUUCCAAAUGUAUGUCUCAUACUGCAAAAACAAACCUGACUCGAGCCAGCUAAUCUUAGAGCAUGCAGGCGCCUUUUUUGAUGAAAUUCAACAAAGACAUGGUUUGGCCAAUUCCAUUUCAUCCUACCUAAUUAAACCUGUUCAGAGAAUCACUAAGUACCAGCUCCUACUGAAGGAACUUUUAACCUGCUGUGAAGAAGGCAAAGGCGAAUUAAAGGAUGGUCUUGAAGUGAUGCUUAGUGUACCCAAGAGAGCCAAUGAUGCAAUGCAUGUCAGCAUGCUGGAGGGAUUCGAUGAAAACUUUGAUGUUCAAGGUGAACUCAUCCUUCAAGACACCUUCCAAGUAUGGGAUCCCAAAUCUCUUAUUCGUAAAGGACGGGAACGGCAUUUGUUUCUCUUUGAAUUAUCCUUGGUAUUUAGUAAGGAGAUUAAGGAUUCUUCAGGACACAGUAAAUACGUUUACAAGCACAAGUUACUAACAUCAGAGUUAGGGGUAACAGAGCAUGUGGAAGGUGAUCCUUGCAAAUUUGCCUUGUGGGUUGGCCGAACGCCUUCUUCAGACAACAAGACUGUCCUAAAGGCCUCAAACAUUGAAACAAAACAAGAUUGGAUCAAAAAUAUUCGGGAGGUCAUACAGGAAAGAACUAUCCACCUGAAGGGAGCUUUGAAAGAACCUAUUCAGCUACCUAAAACCCCAGCAAAACAGAGGAAUAACAGUAAAAGGGACAUGGGAGAAGAUGGGGAUAGUCAGGGAGAUGGCAGCAGUCAGCCAGACACUAUUUCCAUUGCAUCAAGGACCUCACAGAAUACGAUGGACAGCGAUAAGCUUUCUGGAGGUUGUGAAUUGACAGUGGUGCUGCAAGACUUCUUAGCAAGCAACGGCAGUGAACUCAGUAUCCAAAUAGGACAGACUGUUGAGCUCUUGGAGAGACCCAGUGAAAGGCCUGGCUGGUGCUUAGUACGUACAACCGAUAGAAGCCCUCCACUGGAAGGUUUGGUUCCAAGCAGCACACUCUGCAUUUCUCACUCCCGCAGCAGCGUGGAAAUGGAAUGUUUCUUCCCAUCUGGAAAAGAUGCAUAUUCACCAAAUGACAAUGGAGCAAAGUCUGAAUCUGUUUCAAACCUUCAGCCUCAGCCUUCGUUAAACUCCAUGCAGAACUCCCCAGGACCCAAGCGUUCAGGAAAUACACUGAAGAAAUGGCUGACUAGUCCUGUCCGUAGACUCAGCAGUGGCAAAGCUGACAAUCGGAAGAUUGUUAAGCAGAAAAGAAGCAGGAAUGGCAAGGCGAGCAUAGAUCCAGCUUCACCCAAGGCAGGGGAGAAUGAAAGUGCACCUCAGGAGGACAGUGCAGAUGAGAAGGGAAGGAAAGAUGAACCACCCAGUGGCACUUUAUCCAAGUCUUCUUCUGGAAUGCAGAGUGGAGGAGAGGAUGAACCAGAUGACGAGUCGCAUACUCCACUUCCUCCCCCAAUGAAAAUCAUUGAUAAUGAUCCAUCACCAGAGGAUUGCUCCUCUUUGCAUACUGCCCGUCAGAGUGCUUCUGAAAUUCCCAGUGCUGCGGACCUUGUCAGUGCAAUCGAAAAACUGGUUAAAAGUAAACUGACUCUGGAACCAGGCUGCUCCUUUCGAAGUAAUUUGAAAGAUCCCCUUAGUCCUGAGUCAAUGAAUUCUUCAAUGUUACCUGGAGAUCUUGAUGAAGAAAAGCGAGCCAAAGCACUCAAAGGCAGAGCAUAUGUCCUAAAUGAGCUUGUUCAAACUGAGAAGGAUUAUGUGAAAGACUUGGGUGUUGUGGUAGAGGGUUUCAUGAAAACGAUAGAAGAUAAAGGAGUUCCUGAUGACAUGAAAGGAAAAGAGAAGAUAGUUUUUGGAAAUAUUCAUCAGAUUUAUGACUGGCACAAUAGCUAUUUCCUGGGAGAACUGGAAAAAUCCCUUCAGGAACCAGAGCGUUUGGCAGAGCUCUUCAUCAAGCAUGAGAGACGUUUAGGCAUGUAUGUGGUGUACUGCCAAAACAAGCCAAAAUCUGAAUAUAUUGUGGCAGAAUAUGAUGCCUUCUUUGAGGAGAUAAAACAGGAAUUGGGUCAGAGACUUAGCCUGAGUGACUUUCUUAUAAAGCCUAUUCAGAGGAUAACAAAGUACCAGCUACUUAUCAAGGACUUUCUGAAAUACAGUGAAAAGGCUGGACUUGAAUGUUCGGAGAUUGAGAAAGCUGCUGAUGUGAUGUACCUUGUACCAAAACGCUGCAAUGAUAUGAUGAAUUUGGGAAGACUUGAGGAUUUUGAUGGCAAAAUCACAGCUCAAGGGAAAUUGCUGCAGCAGGAUACGUUCUAUGUAACCGAACAAGAUUCCGGAGUUCUCUCCCGAAGUAAGGAACGAAGGGUCUUCCUGUUUGAACAGAUUGUAAUCUUCAGUGAACUACUGAACAAGGGUUCCUCAACACCAAGGUAUCAAUUCAAGAACAGCAUUAAGAUGAGUUAUCUUAAUAUUGAGGAGAAUGUGGAAAAUGAACUGUGCAAGUUUGCUCUAAUAUCCCGUGGAACCUCUGAGCGGUUCAUCUUACAGGCACCGAGCAUUGAGGUCUGGCAGGCUUGGGUUCAGGAUAUCAAUCAAGUUCUUGACGCUCAGCGUAAUUUCUUAAAUGCACUCCAAUCACCAAUUGAAUACAUGAAAAAAGAAAGUGGUAGUCAAUCCUUAGUCAAAACACAAGCAAGCCGGAUACCCCAGCCCAAAAUCAGAGCACUCUCCACUCCACAGGUGGGGUCUGAAAAGCCACCGAAGUCAUCGGCUCACAAUCCAUCACUACCAGCUUUAAAGCUAUCUACCUCCAAUGGCACUACAAACUUCAAUGACGAUCAGCAAUACGGAGAUAAUUACGAGCAAAUCAAGAACAAUACUGCUGGAUGCAAUGGGACCUCUACCAUGUUGGUCACUCAAGAUUAUGGUGCAGUGAAGGAGAAUGAGAUCUGCGUAUUUCAGGGAGAAGUGGUUCAGGUCCUCGCCAUUAACCAGCAAAACAUGUUCCUAGUAUACCGACCUGCAAAUGAACACUCCCCUGCUGCUGAAGGGUGGAUUCCAGGCUUUAUCCUGAGUUAUACCAGUGAUUACUCCACAGAGACUGACGAAGGAUGCAUCAAGAAGUCAUGUUCUUGGCAUACAUCACUGCAUUUGAGAAAACGUGGAGAAAAGGAGAGCAGUGUGAAAAAUGAAGGGAGGUUUGAAAAUGAUGAUCGUAAAUCCAAGGAUAUUCUGACCAACAAAGCCUCUGCUGAUGAAUCUAACAGUUCUGAGGAAUCCGAAUGUGAUGAUCUUGACCCUAAAACUAGUAUGGAGUUGCUAAAUCCAAAUUUUAUUCAUGAAGUGCCACCUGAAUUUCUCAUCCCUUUAGCUGAUUUGACAUGUGCUAUUGGUGAAACAGUCAUACUACGUUGUAAAGUAUGUGGACGACCCAAACCUACUGUGAGCUGGAAAGGACCAGAUCAAAACGUACUUGUUAAUGACACUCGCUAUACCCUAUCAUUCAGUGAUUCAGGAGAGGUUAUGCUUAAAAUUUGCAAUAUCAUGCCUCAAGACAGUGGAAUAUACAGUUGUCAGGCUAUGAAUGAAAUGGGAUCAACAUCAUCUUCAGCUACAAUUAAAGUGCAGGGUGUGCCAGCAGCUCCAGGCCGGCCUAUAGCCCAGGAGAGGAGCAAUAGCUCUGUUAUUCUGAGAUGGUUACCUCCAGCCAGCACAGGAAACUGCACCAUUUCCAGUUACACUGUUGAAUAUAGAGAAGAAGGAACACUGGCAUGGCAGCAAUCAGUAGCAUCCACUUUGGACACCUACCUUGUGAUUGAGGACCUGAUUCCAGGCUGUCAGUACCAGUUCCGAGUCAGUGCAAGUAAUCCUUGGGGAAUCAGCUCACCAAGUGAGCCAUCUGAUUUUGUAACACUGUCUUGCAGCAAUGGUAAGUUCAACUAUGAUGACUCAAGAAUUCCAUGGAAGGAUAACUUUGAAUCUGCUUACACAGAACUAUUUGAGAUUGGAAGGGGUCGUUUCUCUGUGGUGAAAAAAUGUAUACAAAAGUCAACUAAAAGGGAAGUAGCUGUCAAAUUCAUCAGCAAAAAAAUGAAGAAGAAAGAUCAAGUAGCACAUGAGGCAGCGAUCUUAUUAAAUCUGCAACACCCACAAUUUCCUGCAAUAUGUGAUACAUACGAGUUUCCCUCUGGCUACAUUUUAGUUCUCGAACUCUUGGAUAAUGGUCGCUUGCUUGAAUUCUUGGUAAAUCAAGGGGAACAUUUGGAAGAAAAAGUAGCCUUUUACAUCCGGGACACUUUGGAGGCUCUCCAGUAUCUACACAAUUGCAGAGUUGCUCAUUUGGAUUUGAAGCCCGAAAAUCUAUUGAUUGAUCUUCACACGCCUGUGCCACGUGUCAAGCUUAUAGAUUUGGGUGACGCUGUUCAAAUCACAACUUAUUAUUAUGUACAUCAGUUGUUGGGAAAUCCAGAAUUUGCAGCUCCUGAAGUAAUACAGGGAACACCAGUUUCACUGAGUACAGACAUCUGGAGUCUUGGAGUUCUCACGUAUGUGAUGCUGAGUGGGGUAUCCCCCUUCUUGGACGAGAGUGUAGAGGAAACAUGUAUGAACAUUUGUCGACGGGACUUCAGUUUCCCUGAUGAGUAUUUUCAGGGAAUUAGUCAUGUUGCACGAGACUUCAUUAGGGCACUGCUUCAGGGAGACUUUCGUUGGAGACCUACAGCUGCCACUUGUUUACAAAAUCCUUGGCUACAUCCUCAGAAUGACAGCUAUUCCACAACUCCACUGGAUACCUCAAGGUUGGCUUUGUUUAUUGAACGCCGCCGACAUCAAAAUGAUGUGCGUCCUAUCAGCAAUUUGAAAGGUUUCUUACCAAGCAAUCUUGGAUCAAGGAUGUGAAACAAUAAUGACCUGUACGUAUUGAGUCACUGAAUUGCUGAACAAUGCGUUGAGAGCAGUUUUACUCCACACAGUACUGGAGUGUAGAGGCUGAGCACAACUUGAAUCGGAUUUAAACUGGUUAAUGUUACUACAAAAUCACACAUAUAUAUAUAGAAUAUUCCUGAAA